AUGGAGACCAAACUUGACGAUUGCUGCUCUCCCAAAGCCAACUCGGACAGUGUCAAGGCUCAUACACGCAGCGACAAGGCGGCUCAAGAUGCGGUUCAGGAGGAGUCUCUCAAGGGCUCUGCUGAGAAGGUCGAUCAUGCUGUCCGCGUCACGGACGUAGUCCCUCCUUGUUGCGAGGGUAUUGAGAGCAAUUGCUGCAAUGAUACCUGUUUGGAAGAACUGGCCGUCCGUGAAUGCGACAAGCAUGGCUGCAUUGGAACCCCGACAGAGACCAGCUCUGCUACAGGAUUUACCAGGCGUAAGGGUACGGCCUGCGAUCAGCAUGUCAAAUCUACUCGUCAGCGUUGGGCAAACAAGCUGGAAAUUCUGGGCUGUCUCUGUCGUUCGUUGCUUGCUAUGAACCAGAAGUCUUGCUGCACGUCUCGCAAGCAGCGCCCGACCGGGAGUGUCAACGUCUCAAGGAAGAGCUCUGCUAGUUCCCUGAAGAUAACAGGCACGAACAAAGGCCCAAAAUUCAUGACCACCAAUACAUCUGUCGUGACUUCUCAGGAAUCUUGUUGCUCCGACACGGCUAAAUUCUUCGGUCUCGUCGAGAAGGCCGGAUACGACGAGGCUUUGGUCGUGUCUCCGGAUUGUAAGAAGACUCGGAACACUGGUUGCUGUGCAGACAAAAUCACGCUACCUGUGGUUACCGCAGAUGUUGACGUCGAGAAAGGCAAUACUGGCAUCGAGCACGUUGCCAUCGGCAUCUCAGGCAUGACCUGUACCGGAUGUGAGAGGAAGCUAAAGAGAACGCUGGAUACUUUGAGCUCGAUCUCGAAACUCAAGACGAGCUUAGUACUUGGCCGUGCUGACUUCGAUCUCGACUCUGCUGUCAUGUCGACCGCGGACGUCAUACACCACCUCGAAAGGACUACCGAGUUUAAAUGUACGGGGCUGACAACUCAAGGAUCAGAGAUAUAUGUCCUUCCUGACGGCGAGCUAAAGACUUUUCUCCAACAGACUUGGCCAGCGGGGGUCACAAGCAUGGAGAAAGCCGACAAGAGAUCAGUUCGUAUAUGCUUUGAUGCGAGAGUCAUCGGUGCACGUCAUCUGCUACAGGCACUUCAACCAUCUGCUCAACUCGCACCAUACAAUGGAGACGACAGCUUGUCGGCGGGAAACAAGCACGUCCGCAACGUUGGGCUCAUGACUUUGUUGUCCGCUGCUUUAACCAUUCCUGUUCUCGUCCUGGCAUGGGCCCCACCCCCUCACAAGCCCAUCGUCUGCGGCUCUGUAUCUCUGGCUCUGGCCUCGGUGGUACAAAUUGUUGUUGCAGGACCUUUUUACCCGAACGCGAUCAAGGCUCUUGUCUUCUCACGUAUAGUUGAGAUGGACCUCCUCAUCGUCUUGAGCACGAGUGCAGCCUACAUCUUUUCUGUCGUCUCCUUCGUUUACAUCGUACUCAAUAGGCCUCUCUCCACCGGAGAGUUCUUCGAAACUAGCACGCUGCUAGUAACACUGAUCAUGGUCGGCCACUAUGUCAGUGCUCUUGCUCGACAAAAAGCCAUCGAGUCAGUCGCCAUGAGGUCACUCCAGACCACCAAGGCUGUCCUGGUUACAGAGAACCCCGUUGCAGAGAGUGAGAUUGAUGCAAGGCUGCUGCAUUACGACGAUGUCUUCAAAGUCAUGCCAGACAGCAGGAUUGUGACAGAUGGUGUCGUGGUCUCAGGCGUAUCGGAAAUGGAUGAAUCUAUGAUAACUGGCGAAUCAAAGCCCGUUAAAAAAUCUGCCGAUUCUACUGUCAUUGCUGGCUCUGUCAACAGCUUCGGGACAAUGCUCGUCCGGGCUAUACGUCUGCCUGGAAAAAACACGAUCAGCGCCAUUGCUGAUAUGGUCGACGAGGCAAAGCUGUCAAAGCCAAAGCUGCAGGACAUCGCCGACAAAAUCGCUUCCUAUUUUGUCCCCGUGAUCAUUGGCCUAAGCAUCGUGACGUUCUCGAUCUGGGUCGCUGUUGGCAUCACAAUCCGCGGACAAUCGGCGACCGAGGCCACUGUACAGGCCAUCACCUACGCCAUUACCGUCUUGAUUGUCUCCUGCCCGUGUGCUAUUGGUCUCGCAGUACCCAUGGUCGUCGUCAUUGCGAAUGGAAUUGCUGCAGAACGUGGUGUCGUCUUCAAAUCUGCCCACGUUGUCGAGUUUGGCUCCAGGGUGACGCAUGUCGUCUUUGACAAGACCGGCACUCUGACAACAGGCGAACCGGCUGUUGUGGUUCAAGAAAUCAUUCUCGGUGAUUCGGCGACUGUACAAUCGCAGCUGCUAGGUGUGACCACAGGCAUCAAACAUCCAGUGGCUGUUGCCGUGACUUCAUACCUCGCCACACAGGAUGUUGUGGCAGCUGAAGUCACGGAUGUGAAAUCGAUUGCUGGUAAAGGUAUCGAAGCUAUCUUGGACGGCGACAUUACUAUCCGGGUAGGCAAUUCUCGAUGGCUUGGUGUCGAGACCCACCCACAAGUUCAGAACCUGCUUAGCCAAGGGUACACUGUCUUCUGUGUCGAGAUUGGACACAGUCUGUCCGCUGUAUUCGGACUUCGUGACCAACCCCGUCCCGAAGCCGCUUCAGUCGUCAAGAAACUGCAAGAGCGAGGUAUCUCUGUGUCGAUCGUCAGUGGAGACGACAAAAACGCAGUUGCGACCACGGCAUUUCUCCUUGGUGUCAGCACAUUCCAUGCCCAGUGCAGUCCAGCCAGUAAACGCGACUUCAUGCAGUCCAUCACCGAUAUUCCCGAGGGCAGCAAGAGAAAGCCCAUCACCCUCUUCAUCGGCGACGGUGCAAACGAUGGACCGGCAUUAGCACAAGCAACAAUCGGUGUCUACAUUUCUCCUUCCUCUUCUACUUCGGACAUUGCAUCUGACGCUGCUCGCGCUGCCGCAGAUGCAGUACUCCUUCGUCCUUCUCUUGAAGGUUUGCUCGUCCUCACGGCUGUAUCAAAAGCUGCGGUCAAGAGGAUUGUGUUCAACUUCGUGUGGAGCUUUGUGUACAACCUGUUCGCUAUACUGUUGGCUGGGGGUGCAUUUGUCAACGUGAGGAUUCCACCACAAUUCGCUGGCUUGGGGGAGGUGGUCAGUGUUGUGCCUGUUGUAGUUGUUGCUGUUAUGAUGAAGUGGGUAAAGUUUGAGGUCUGA